UAUCACUGUAGUGCACUGCGUGUUUUUAAAAUUUGUAUGUUAAAAAUUUUCCAAAGAAUUAUAGAAUUAGUCAAAGAAGCCACAAUGAAAGUUCUACCAAUUCAACCCACAAGUCCUUAUUACACAGACGACAUUUACACAGUUAUAAAAACGCUGUUAAAUAGUCGCCUGAAUGCCACCUUAGCUGAGCUGAAGAAGGAUUACGAGGAAAAAGUCGGCGAUAAUCGUUUGCCUCGCAACUAUUCGGACUUGCGGCGUCUCAUGAUCUCGAUGGCAGACAACGGGGAUGUGCAAUGCGUCGAAAAUGCGUAUGGCUUGGAGAUUUGGCAAGUGAAUCGCUCGUCAAUCAAGCAAUCCGAAUACACGUACAUGAAGAAAAAGGGCAGCAGUUCCUCGGGCAUGACGCAAAAAAGACCUCGGCGUCACGAACCGACAUCCAAUUCGCGAAAUCGACGAUCGAGAAUGUCGACGUCACGCAACAGCAGCAUAAGUCCCGCAUCACAACCGCGCGCAAAACGUAAAUGCUACGAUCAGCCCUCGUCCAAAUCGUCGCAUCAGCAUCAGCAUCAGCAACAGCAACAGCAGCAACAACCGUUUCAGAAGAAGUUGUAUCAAAAGGAUGCUGAUCUGAAUUUGUUGUCGUUUCGAUCGCAUACCGACAUUGACGGAUAUUUGGGCGAUUACCAACUCAUGGGAGAUGAUUUCAUGCUGAGUCUCGCCAAAAUUGAUCUUGGAUUUAAAUUUCAGAAAGAUCCUGUAACCGGCAGACUCUGCAUCGGAUAUUCCGUGUCAGGACUGACAGUAAAGCGUUUGGAACGUAUCGUGCGAUCAUUGCAAAUUGACACAAAAGCCAUUGUCUAUAUUGGCACUGUUGACAUUUUGCUGGGAGCUUCGUUGACGAGUCUUCAACACGACUUCACGGACCUAUUGUCAGCAUUUCGCGAACGUGGCGUCGAACCCGUAUUGUGUACGUUAGCACCAAUCGGCGAAGAGGGAAAUAUCUACGACGGCUUAAUUACGGAGUUCAAUAAUUGGUUAACGACCCGUAAUUGGACUGUCGCAGAUGUGAAUCGAUGCUUCAUCGGUGAAGACGGCAAACCCAUACGGAAAGUUUAUCAAAAAGACCCCCGCAAAGUAUCUGGAUGUCACGUGCGUCAUCUUUUAUGGAACAAACUUGGGCGCCAACGUGUUCUAAAGUGCUUGAGCCAUUUCAUUGGCAUCCCUACGCCACGAAAUCGAUAAAAAAAUCAAUCGUUUCGUCCUUAGAAUUAAGUUAAAAACGAAAAAUUGAAGGAAAAACUUACAACGACAUCAUUCAACAUCACUUACCAUAAGAAAAACAAUAGUUUGACAUCUUUAACUCCUCACUUUUACACACUGCGCGCAAAAUUUACGAAGAUUUUCUGCAAGUUGCAACCGGAAAAUCAACGUAGAUAGGAUCCUGUGUGAAAUUGAAGACCUAAAAGUGUCAAAAAAUCGGUUUCAUCAUCAAUAGUUUCCAUUUUUUGAAUGAUCUCGACGUCGUUUAUCCUUCAAAAAAUCCAUAAAAAUAAUCAUAAGCAACAAUAAUCGCUCUGAUCACGUAAAAAAUUGAAAAAUUCGAAAAAGACAUGUGAAAAAUAGCUUCAAUACUGAGAUCCAGAUUGCUUAGGUGCAAUUAAAAGUGCAAUAUUCCUCAUUUUUCAUCAAAUAUUGACGACUAUUUUAUAAAAAAAAUCAAAUCUGGGCAAUUUUGGAGCAAAAAAAUAUUUUUGGGCCCAAAACCAUCCAUGUCAAAAAUUCAAAAAAAAAAAUUAUUUUUUUUUUCGUGAUUGGAGUUAAUUUUUAGAGUUAUUAAGCUUUGUUUAAAAAAAAAUUAUAUGUCAAGCAGACAAGAAACACUUUCCUAAAAAAAUCAGGUUACAAGUUAGUUUCGCACAAAAUCUGCGUCGUUUUGUGUUUCGUUGUUAGCCGGUCUUAUCAAUGAAAAAAAAAUUGUUUAUUUGUGUUCAAAGUGUUUCUAAAUAAUAAUAAAAUUGUACUGU